AUGGCGGGAGUUAUUGUUGUCAGCUCCGAGGAUCAGUGGAGGUCCAUACUCAACCAGGCCAAAGAUGAGGGUAAAGUGGUCAUCGUGGAUUUCACAGCGACUUGGUGCGGCCCUUGCCGGAUGAUCGGUCCAAUUUUUGAGCAAAACGCGACUAAAUUUCCAUCCAUCAUCUUCCUUAAAGUGGAUGUCGACGCUCUUCCGAAAGUGGCAGAGGAGUGCGGUGUUUCCGCCAUGCCGACCUUCCAUGUUUUCAAGGACGGGAAAAAGGUGGAUGACCUUGUUGGAGCCAACCCGGCGAGGCUUCUUCAGUUGAUCCAGAACUACGCCUAG